AUGAGCAGCGCCGCUGCGAGUAGCGGUGUGGGUCCGCACGGCCAACAGAGCGAGCACGCUCAGAACGAAGUCAGCAGCGGGGGUGGAAGCGGGAAUGGCGGCGUGAACAGCGGCGGGAGUGGAAGCGGGAAUGGCAGCCAGGCGAACAAACCAGCCAGCGCGCGCAACGCGCCCCCAACGGAUGACGAGGAGAAGAGGAAAGUGUACCAACUGGUGUUCGACCUGUGCUACUCAGAUAAGAGGGAGAGUGCAUUACUAGAGCUGUCUAGAAAAAGAGAAACCUACCACGACAUUGCACCGGUGCUGUGGAAUUCCUUUGGAACAAUAACAACGUUGCUUCAAGAGAUCGUUUCUAUAUAUCCCCAGCUGUCACCUCCCUUACUAACCACAUCAUCAUCCAACCGCGUAUGCAACUCGUUGGCACUCCUCCAGUGUGUCGCUUCGCACCCCGAGACCAAGCAGCACUUCCUAAACGCACACAUCCCUUUGUUCCUAUAUCCUUUUCUAAACGCAGAAUCAAAAAAUAGACCGUUUGAAUAUCUACGCCUAACUUCUUUAGGGGUUAUUGGUGCAUUAGUUAAGGUCGAUAACCCCGACGUAAUUAAUUUUUUAUUGCAGACGGAGAUCAUCCCACUGUGCUUACGUAUUAUGGAGACUGGCAGUGAGCUGUCCAAAACAGUGGCCACCUUCAUCGUUCAGAAGAUCCUAAUCGACGAAUUAGGUCUCAACUACAUCUGUGCCACUCCGGUGAGAUUCUAUGCCGUCUCUACGGUCCUUUCUAAUAUGGUAAAUUCCCUCGUAGAGAAUCCCUCCUCUAGACUGUUAAAGCACAUUGUGAGGUGUUACCUACGGCUGUCCGAAAAUCCCAAGGCCUUGAAGGCACUUAGGGAGUGCCUCCCCGAAUCGCUGCGACAUGUGCACAAGGCUUUUAUUCCGUGCCUCAAGGAGGACCCCUACACCAAGAAGUGGCUGCUGCAGCUGCUCUACAAUAUUAACAGCGAGGAUGUCCUGCACGGCCAUGCUGGCGGGCAUGCUGGCGGUCAUGUUGGCGGCCAUGUUGGAAGCCAUGUUGGAAGCCACACCGCUAGCCACGCCGCUAACCACGCCGCUACCCACGCGGGAGCACACGGCGGCGUGGGCGGGGCACACCCUGGGGCGAGACAGGGUCUGCACAGUGCCGGCGCUUCGAAGGGCACCUAUACGGGAGUGAGCAUUCCGGCCAGCAUGAGCGAGGGUUCCUCCGCUGACCCGUCGCGUGGUGGUCAUGUUGGUGGGGCGCAUCCCACUGGAGGCCUCGUCUCCAGCAGCGGCAACUCCUUUAAGGACAAGGUGCACAUGGGCAGUGCGAGCAACCCCAACGUUAGCAGCAAAGCUGGCACGGUUAAGGCGAUGGCCAGCGCGAGCGCGGCACCCUCUAGCGCGGCAGCGAGUGCACUGGGUAAUGCUCCCCCGAGCGGCAAUGCCAUGAGCAGCGCUGCGAAUGGCGUGAAUAGCGCGAAUGGCGCAGCCGGAGUGACGAACAACCCCAGCAGCGGCAGCAACGGGACAAACGUCCCCGGCGCACACGAGGGAAGUAGCACUGCGAACAGCGCAGGAAAGGCUGGCAGCAAUGGGAAGACUGGCAGCAAUGGGAAGACUGGAAGCAAUGGGAAAGCUGGCAGCAAUGGGAAGACUGGAAGCAAUGGGAAAGCUGGAAGCAAUGGGAAAGCUGGAAGCAAUGGGAAAGCUGGAAGCAAUGGAGGCAGUGCCAACAACAACGGAAGCAACGCAGCCAGCGGACCCAAUCAUUAA